AUGGUUACUGCAGUUAGUUGGUAUUUUAUAUUCCUCCUACUUCAGUUUCGGUCAUUUACAAUAGCUACGGCCGGUAACUUCAAUGGAGAUGAUGAAGAACUAUAUAUGAAUAUACACCAUAAUCAGGAUGAUUUCAUGGAACCAUUAAAAAACAAUGAUAUGAAUCCCGUAUUGCCCCCAGGGGUUUCAACAGUAUUGGAAGAGCUUAUCCCAGUCCGUUCUACUAUUGUCCCUGGUGGACGCCAUGUAUACGAAUUUCCUGUGGAGGUGAUCGCUAAUGUGUCUCUGUUUUAUGAUACCUUGACGUUUAUCAGUGGAAAUAUUUGCUCGAUGCCUGCAGGGAGUAGUGCUCAAAAGUUACGUCUAUAUUAUUCAUUUGAUGAAAAUGUUCUUUCGGACCUCAGCAUUGCGGAGCCCGCUGAUUUCGAUGAGGGGUAUGUGGAAGCGCUGGCGGUAAGCCCUAGGAAUGCCACAUUAGAGAACCCAAAUGCAUUUAGCAGAGUUUUUCUAGUGUUACAGCUGGUUUACAAGUCUACUGGACUUCCUGUGGAAGCUUCCGAAGGCUCUGUUCCUUGGGUCUAUGAAAUCUGUGCUUCACAGAAUAUGCUCGCAUACCAGUGGGACGGUAAACCUCGUUUAAAUGUUAUUGAUGUUGACUCGGAUUCUGCGCUUUUAACUAAUGAGCAUUUUACCGCCAAAGCUGACAAUGAUGGAAACCGCUUUCAUUUGUCGUCGUUUGACUUACUUCUAUAUUCUGGUGAACAUAUUGAGGAUUUUAAUGUUUUGUCAAAAUCCGUUUGCGCAAUUAGCACUGGUCCACUAUUGACUUCAUCUAAGAAUUUCAUUGGUGAUGCUGAAAAUAGUACUAUGUCCUCUACUGACCUUAAAAUCACUAAAUCGUUCACUAAGCGUAACGGAAUGCUAAAAGAACAAUUCCACAUUACCGGGUUGAAUCGUUCAAGCACAUAUGUUGCAUAUUUAAAACAAUAUGUGAUUGAUAAUCAUAAUGACACAUCCUCAGGGGGCGUGAUCUUUUCAAAGAAAGUAUUUUCGACAAUGGCGAACGAUGCUUGUUCGUUAAUAUUCGGGCUAAAUUUUUGUAGUGGAGUGAGUUACUCAGUGCCGUCUUCUUCUGUAAUCAGAAAGGAUGACAAGGCUUCUCUCGCAAAACUUUAUGACGAUAUGGCACUAUCAUUGUACGCAAAUUUUUCUCUAGCGUUACAGUUAUCUACGUGCGAGGGAGAAGCUGACGCAAUAUACUCACCAUUACGCACAUGUGCUGACUGUGCAAACUCAUACAAGAAUUGGCUGUGUGCGGUUACUAUUCCUCGUUGUACUACAAUAAAUACAUCUUACUACACUUUUAGGGAAAAGGAUAAUGGCCGCAGUGACUUCAUUAAUGAGGUUGUUCAACCUGCAGCCGAUUACUAUGAAAUUCAACCAUGCAUUGAAAUGUGCCAUUCAAUUGUACGAGACUGUCCCGCGGAGUUUGGGUUUGUAUGUCCCACUGACGGAAAGAAUAAGGACCUACUAUUUAAGAGUUACAACAUUUGGGAUGACGAUAUCGAAUUCGAUACAUGCAAUCUUAUCGGCGAUCGGUUCAUAUGA